CUCUCUUUAACUUUCUGUUUUGAACACUUUCAUGGACUUUUCAGACUACAAAGCUAUGAAUCUUAUCCAUAUAAAACCCUGUUUGAGGGCGUGUUCUGGAAGAGGACUCAUGCAGAGGCUUACUAUUCCUUGUUUAACAAUCCUGAGAUGGAAUCAGCCAGUGAAACGUCCGUCCUGUCAUCAAAAAAGUCAACGGUGAAGAAGAAACCUGAAGCAGCUAGUACGACAACAUUAAAAAAGACAGUCGGAAUAACUGCAAAUAUGAAGGAGGCUUUUAAGCAAAAGCAAAAACAACAAGUAGCAAUGUUGUAUGAUGUACCAGAUGCAUAUGAAAUCAGCCAGCAUGUCUUGCUCUUCAGCCUUAUUGACAGGGGCAAGUUGAAUGUUGAUAUCUUAGUGGAGCUGUGUCAAUUACACCAAAGUACUUCGGCUCAACUUCUCACUUGCAUUCAAUACAAUGAUACCAUCCAAGAUAUAAUCAACUCAGCGUCUGGACUAAGCAACGAAUACUCCAUCUUAUUGGAGAUUAUUGAAAGGUUAUUUGAAGAUUAUCAGAAAAAGCUGCUGCCACUGUUGGACAAUUCACUUUUUGCAAGAUCAUCUGAUGUGCAGACAAGUCACAAGAUCAUUUCCAUGGCAACAAAUAAAUGCAAUCAGU